GGCCUGCGUUUUUCAUUAAUUUAUACUGCCAGAGUCCCUCUUCGUCUCUGGGAAGAGGGAGAAGGAGGGGGGAGGAGAGGAGGAGGUGAGAGAGAAAAAAGGAAGGGAGGCUGAGCUUGGCGAAGCGACGGCGGCGGAGGAGGAGAGAGCAGGAGCAGAAUGCGGUGAGCCCAGGUGGUAAUGAGGAGAAUGAGGAGCGGCUGACAAGAAAGACUCGGUUCCGAAAAGGUUAUGUCUCAGAGGGAGCCACGUCCCUGCCUUAUCCCCCACUCCACCUCUCCGCUCCUCUCUUCACCUUUCCUGGGAGGCGUGUAAUUCAGUGUCAGGUUUGUGCUCUGUGAGACCUGACGAUGUUCCGCAAGAAGAAGAAGAAGAGGCCUGAGAUCUCAGCACCAAAGAACUUCGAGCAUCGCGUGCACACCUCGUUCGACCAAAAGCGGGGCUGCUACGUGGGCCUCCCGCCCCAAUGGCAGAGCCUAAUCGAGACCCUCCGCAGGCCCAAACCAGUGGUGGACCCCUCCAGGAUUACUCCCGUAGACCUCAAGCCAAAAAAGACCAUCGUCCGCGGAAGCUUCAUCGGGCAUGGGGACUACAUUUCGGCGGUGAUCUCUGACAUGAACCGUCUCUCAGUGACGAGCUCCAACUCCCUGAGGAAGAGCAGCCCAUCAGCACGGAAGAGGGCCCAGUCCCUGGGCCGCCUGGGGGAGGUGAAGGAGGGCGAGACGUACCAGUACGAGGACCUGGGACAGGUGGACCACAGCGGGGGCGAGCUGAGCUGGCGGGACAGGGUCCGGAACGUGCGCAGCGAGAGUGGCAGCCCUCACUUGGGCACCAAGAAGGGCGUCGGCCUCCAGCCUAACGGAGUACUGCCGCGUGCCAAGUCGACCUAUGAAGUCAGCGUCAGCUCCCUGGACAAGUGCGCCUCGCCUGGUGACGGGGCGACGCCCAGCCCGGGGCCAUACGUGCACAGCGAGGUGAGCAGCCCCACAGAGAGGCUGGUGGUGAGACGCGAAAAGGCCCCCAGGAUUGCCCCGCCCGGCCAGAGGCCCGUGUCCUGCUUCUACACUCCCACUGUACCCGCCCAGCAGCCUCACGCCGACGCGGGAGGCCUCACGCCAGAGCUCCGUCCGCAUGAUCGACUCCAGAUCCAUCCUCAGAACAGCCCAGGAAGGCCUUUCUCCUCCUACGACCUCAAGGCUGAGUCUGUUCUGAGGCACCAUCAUGGCUUCCUGCCCAAUGGUACAAGCAGUCCACUUGUGGGUGGUACUAGAACUCAUAAGUCUGUGCGGCCCUCAUCCAGCUACACCAUCGGGCUGUCUCCUAACAUCAGCUUGCGGCAGAACGGGCCUGACUCAUUUCUGAGUCCCAAGCCCAGCCUCCCCAGACAGGACAGCCCGUCACAGCCUCGCCCCUCCCCCACGGGCUCCCUCGCCACCAGCCCCCCCGGCACCUGCUCGCCCUCCUUCAGACCCCCCCAGCACCCCUCCCCCAGACCCCCGCCCGACCCCCCGAAGGUGACCCACGAGCAGUUCAAAGCCGCCCUGCAGAUGGUAGUGGACAAGGGAGACCCCCGCUCCUACCUGGAGAACUUUGUGAAAAUCGGGGAGGGCUCAACAGGGGUGGUGUGCAUCGCCCGGGAGAAGCACAGCGGCCGGCAGGUGGCAGUGAAGAUGAUGGACCUCCGGAGACAGCAGCGCCGGGAGCUACUCUUCAACGAGGUCGUCAUAAUGAGGGACUACCAACACAGGAAUGUAGUGGAGAUGUAUAAGAGUGCGCUUGUGGAGGAGGAACUCUGGGUAAUAAUGGAGUACCUCCAGGGUGGCGCUCUGACCAACAUUGUGUCUGAAACCAGGUUAAAUGAGGAGCAGAUAGCCACAGUUUGUGAGGCUGUGCUGCAGGCUCUGGCGUACCUGCACUCACAAGGCGUCAUCCACAGGGACAUCAAGAGCGACUCCAUCCUCCUCACCCUGGACGGAAGGAUCAAGCUGUCAGACUUUGGGUUCUGUGCUCAGAUCAGUAAGGACAUCCCCAAGAGGAAGUCUUUAGUGGGGACACCGUAUUGGAUGGCCCCGGAAGUCAUCUCAAAAACGCCCUACAGCACUGAGGUGGAUAUAUGGUCUCUGGGCAUUAUGGUGGUGGAGAUGGUGGAUGGAGAGCCGCCCUACUUCAGUGAGGCCCCGGUGGCAGCCAUGAAGAGACUGCGAGAUGAGCCAGCGCCUACAGUCCGGAACACACACAAGAUCUCCCCCAUGCUGAAGGACUUCCUGGACCGCAUGUUGACUCGGGACCCUCUGGAGCGGGCCAGCGCCACCGACCUGCUGGAGCACCCCUUCCUCCUGCAGAGCGGGUCGCCGCAGUGCCUGGUGCCGCUGGUGGAGCAGUACCGCAAGCGGAUGUCCCGGUGCUGAUCUGGGGGGCCCAGUCCCCCCCCUCCUUUCUGUCCGCCCUGCCUGGGCCCUGAAAUUCAACCCGAUGAGGGUGCCGGGCACGCACAUCCCAGUGCUCACCUGGACAGCCCAGUGGCCACCGCGUCCCAUGAUGCUUGAAUGGGGGGCACUAGUUUCUGAAGAGUGGCAGGUCUGGAGGAAACUGAGUGGAUCGUUAAAGCAAAGCACUUUAAUCGAUGGGUGGACACUUGCGGGUGCAGUGCAAUGACUGCUCGUAAGCAACGGUAGUUCCUUUAAUUAAAUUCAACAUGGGUGGAGAGCACCUGUCAUCGAUAUCCUGUCUCCAUGUAAUGUGAUUCCUCAUUAAUCAACAUGAACUCAAUGUCACUACAAAUAAGAGGUAGCGAUCGAAGAAUCGCAGGCAGAGUGCUCAAAGGACACAAUACAGAAAAAGUGUGUUGUCCAUGACUGAUUGUCCUUAUUAGGACAGGGAUACAUGUUGUCUGCGAUCCAGUUGGGUUGAGCAGCGUCUCGUGGCCCACAGGAAGAAUGAUGUGUGAUAAU